AUGAAGAUUAAGCCCAACCAGACGAGGACGUAUGAUGGUGAAGGUUUCAAGAGACGAGCGGCAUGUUUAUGCUUCAAGAAUGAAAAAGAGGACGAGGUAUGGAUGGGACUCCCUAAAAUCACAGCACUUCGAGACAUCUACGACUUUUUGUAGCGCUUUAGAACGUAAGCCGGUUAGGAUAAUUAACGUAGAAGGUUAGGAAAAGUUACGGUAUGCGAAAAUGCUCUCCUAACCUUCUUACAAAAAGUAACUUGUAUCUAAGUGGCGUGCUUUUAUGGAGUCCCAGGCCGAGACUCGAGAUCAUUGGUUUUCUGACCAUUAACAUGGGAUAGAUAUUCACAUUACUGACUCAUCACAAGAACACAUGGCCUAUUUAACCAAUUUCAAAUGACAAGUUCCUAUAACAGUCUCUUUAUUAUCUUCCAGCUCUUGUAUUGAAAUCCCUAGAAAACCUUCAGUAGAAAACUUAACAUAUAAUGGAUUUUGUCUACCUCUGUGACAAAUCAAAGUCAAAUCACAUUUUAUUUGUCACAUGCGCCGAAUACAACAGGUGUAGACUACGGUGAAAUGCUUACUUACGAGCCCUUUCCCAACAAUGCAGGAAAUAGUAACACAAUAAAAUAAUAACGAGGCUCUAUACAAGGGGUACCGAGUCAAUGCGCACCAGGAGGUUGUUUAGAGUUGAGAUAAUAGGGGUAAAAGUGACUAGGCAAUCAGGAUAGAUAAUAAACUGAAUAGCAGCCGCAUAUAUGGAGAGUGUGUGUUUUGUGUGUUGUAGUAUGUGUGGGUAGAGUCCCGUGAGUGUGCAUAGAGUCAGUGCAACAAACAAAGGGGGUCAAUGCAAUAGUCUGGGUAGCCAUUUGAUUAACUGUUCAGCGGUCUUAUGGCUUGGGGGUAGAAGCUGUACAGGAGCCUUUUGUUCCCAGACUUGGCGCUCUGGUACCGCUUGCCGUAUGAUAGCAGAGAGAACAGUCUAUGACUUGGGUGGAUGGAGUCUUUUACCAUUUUUAGUGCCUUCUUCUGACACAGCCUGGUAUACAGGUCCUGGAUGGCAGGGAGCAGUCCUCGCGCAGCAGUCCCUCCCAGCUGCAGUCAGAGCAGGAGAUGUUCACCCCUCCGCGUCCAGACUGCAAAUGAAUCGUGCAUGCGGGAAGCCGCCGCUGGCUGAUCCCGCCCUGGCUUACAUUCAGGGCGGGAUGUAAAUGUAGGGUGUUUUUUACUCACUUUUUGUCUCUCCCACGAUGUUAUUCCUCUCUCCUACAGCGUUCAUCACAAUUACAUGCACAUGGCCAAUUAUGCAAAUUAGGUGAUGAUGUCAUUUAGCGACUUUUAGGACAGCCAAUAGCUACUUUCCUUACUGAGGAGUUGGCAACACUGCCUUACGGUCGGAUGCUAAGCAGUUGCCAUACCAAGCGGUGAUGCAGCCAGUCAAGAUGCUCUCAAUGGUGCAGCUCUAUACCAUUUUGAGGAUCUGAGGGCCCAUGCCAAAUCUUUUCAGCCUCCUGAGGGGGAAGAGGCAUUGUCGUGCCCUCUUUUCACAACUGUGUUGGAGUGUUUGGACCAUGAUAGGUUCUUAGUGAUGUGGACACUGAGGAACUUGAAGCUCUCGACCCGCUCCACUACAGCCCCGUUGAUGUGAAUGGGGGUUGCUCAGCCCUCCGUUUUCUAUAGUCCACAAUCAGCUCCUUUGUCUUGAUGACGUUGAGGGAGAGGUUGUUGUCCUGGCACCACACUGCCAGGUCUCUGACCACCCCCCUAUAGGCUGUCUCAUCGUCUGCGGUGAUCCGGCCUACCACAGUCGUGUCAUCGGCAAACUUAAUGAUGGUGUUGGAGUUGUGCGUGGCCACGCAGUCCUGGGUGAACAGGGAGUACAGGAGGGAACUAAGCACGCACCCAUGUUGAGAGUCAGCGUGGCGGAUGUGUUGUUGCCUACCCUCACCACCUGGGGGCGGCUCGUCAGGAAUUCCAGGAUCCAGUUGCAGAGGGAGGUGUUUACAUUUACAUUUUAGUCAUUUAGCAGACGCUCUUAUCCAGAGCGACUUACAGUUAGUGAGUGCAUACAUUUUCAUUCUGGCCCCCCCGUGGGAAUCGAACCCACAACCCUGGCGUUGCAAACGCCAUGCUCUACCAACUGAGCUACACGGUGUUCUCAUGCAUUGUUCAGUGUUGCUUGCCUCGAAGCAAGCAUAGAAGGAAUUUACAGUGCCUUCAGAAAGUAUAUACCCCUUGAUUUAUUCCACAAUUUGUUGUGUUACAGCCUGAAUUCAAAAUUGAUUUUAAAAAAUCCACACCCAUCUACACACAAUACCACAUAAUGGCAAGGUCAAAACAUGUUUUUAGAAAUUCUUGCACAUUUAUUGAAAAUGAACUACACAUCUCAUUUACAUAAGUAUUCACACCCCUGGGAGUAUUCAAUGCCUGCUUUUUUUUAAACCCAUCUACCAAUAUGCCCUUCUUUAUGAGGCAUUGGAAAACCUCCUUGGUCUAUGUGGUUGAAUCUGUGUUUGAAAUUCACUGCUUGACUGAGGGACCAUACAGAUAAUUGUAUGUGUAGAGUACAGAGAUUAGGUAGUUAUUCAAAAAUCAUGUUCAACACUAUUAUUACACACAGUUAGACCAUGCAAUUUAUUAUGUGACUUGUUACUCCUGAAUUUAUUAAGGCUUGCCAUAACAAAAAGGUUGAAUACUUAUUGACUCAAGACAUUUCAGCUUUACAUUUUUCAUUAAUUAGUAAAACAUUUCGAAAAACAUAAUUCCACUUUGACAUUAUGGGAUAUUGUGUGUAGGCAAGUGACAUAAAAUCUCAUUUUAAUCCAUUUUAAAUUCAGGCUGUACCACAACAAAAUCUGAAAAAAAGUCAAGGGAUGUGAAUACUUUCUGAAGGCACUGUAGCUCAUCUGGUAGGCUCACAUUUACGUCAUUUAGCAGACGCUCUUAUCCAGAGCAUACAUUAUUCUUUUUUUUUUUUUUUUUUUUCAUACUGGCCCCCCUUGGGAAACGAACCCACAACCCUGGCGUUGCAAACGCCAUGCUCUACCAACUGAGCUACCUCCCUGCCGGCCAUUCCCUCCCCUACCCUGGACGAAUUGUGCGCCGCCCCAUUGGUCUCCCGGUUGCGGCCGGCUACAGCAGAGCCUGGAUUCGAACCAGGAUCUCUAGUGGCACAGCUAGCACUGCGAUGCAGUGCCUUAGACCACUGCGCCACUCGGGAGCUCACGUCAUUGGGCAGCUCGCAGCUGGGUUUCCCUUUGUAAUCCGUGAUAGUUUGCAAGCCCUGACACAUCUGACGAGCUUCAGAGCCGGUGUAGUAGUAUUCGAUCUCAGUCCUGUAUUGACGCUUUGCCUGUUUGAUGGUUCAUCGGAGGGCGUAGCGGGAUUUCUAAUAAGGGUCCGGAUUAGUGUCCCGCUCCUUGAAAGCGGCAGCUCUAGCCUUUAGCUCAGUGUGGAUGUUGCCUGUAAUCCAUGGCUUCUGGUUGGGACAUGUACGUACGGUCAAUGUCGGGGCGACGUCGUCGAUGCACUUAUUAAUGAAGCUGGUGACUGAUGUAGUAAACUCCUCAAUGCAAUCGGAUGAAUCCCAGAACAUAUUCCAGUCUGUGCUAGCGAAACAGUCCUGUAGCUUAGCAUCCGCUUCAUCGGACCACUUCCGUAUUGAGCAUGUCACUGGUACUUCCUGUUUUCGUUUUUGCUUGUAAGGAGGAAUCAGGAGGAUAGAGCUAUGGUCAGAUUUGCCAAAAGAAAGGCGAGGGAGGGCUUUGUAUGCAUCUCUGUGUGUGGAGUAAAGGUGGUCUAGAGUUUUUUUAGCCUCCAGUUGCACAGGUGACAGCUGGUAGAAAUGAGGUAAAAUGGAUUUAAGUUUUCAUGCAUUAAAAUCACCGGCCACUAGGAGCGCCUUUUCUUGUUUGCUUAUGGCCCUAUACAGCUUGUUGAGUGCGGUCUUAGUGCCAGCAUCGGUUUGUGGUGUUAAAUAGACAGCUAUGAAAAAUAUCGAUAAACUCUCCUGGUAAAUAGUAUGGUCUACAGCUUAUCAUGAGGUAUUCUAACUUAGGCGAUCAGAACCUCGAGACUUCCUUAAUAUUAGAGAUUGUGCACCAGCUGUUGUUAACAAAGAGAAACACAAAGAUACUGUCCAUUUGUAGCUUGUUUUUGGUCACAGGUCCAGGAAUGGCUGAAGGAUUGCAAUAUUUACCUGGAGCUGACCCUGCAGAUAGCACUACUGGGUGAUCUGAAAAGUCAUAGUCAAUCGAUCAAUAAUAAAAUAAUACUUUUAGCAAAACAAUUAUUUUCAAUAUACAAUCUGCAGAAACAAUGAGAAUAGAAGGGUUCAGAACUUUUGUGAAACAUCACAGUACAGUUGAAAAAUAAAUGGCAAAUAGAAGUCCAAUAUGGAUGGUGUUAAGAGAUAGAUGGGAGGUGUUGAAUGGAGCUGAAGGAUGGGACUAAUUACAACAACUAAUAACAACAAGAUAACUAAUGUAAAGCAUACUAUGUCCAUAAUAAGUAUAUAGGUUAUAGGUUGAGAGCUUUUGUGAAAGAGCACAGUUAGAAAAAUAUGGCUUAUAGAAGCAAACCAGAUGGACAUCAUGAAAAUGAUCGAAGGAACUUCAGGAGUAAAAACAAACAAAAUAUAAUUAUUGUAGAUUUUGACUGUGUCCAUAAAAUGUAUAUAGUAUGUAUGGGCUGGAAGUAGAGUCCUAAGCGUUGUUGUUCACUAGUUUACUCCAAUUGGGGAAGGAGUGGUGGGGUUGGAAAGUAAUGAAGGGAAAUAUAAUUUUAAAAAGGAUACGUGUGUGUAUGGAUGUAUGUGUAUAUAUGAAUGUAUGUGUAUAUAUAUGUGUGUGUGUGUGUGUGUGCAUGUGUGUGUGUGUGUAUGCACUAACUGUAAGUCGCUCUGGAUAAGAGCGUCUGCUAAAUGACAAUAUGGAUGGUGUUAAGAGAUACAGUUGAAGUCGGAAGUUUACAUACACUUAGGUUGGAGUCAUUAAAACUUGUUUUUCAAGCACUCCACAAAUUUCUUGUUAACAAACUAUAGUCUAUCUACUUUGUGCAUGACACAACUAAUUUUUCCAACAAUUGUUUACAGACAGAUUAUUUCACUUAUAAUUCACUGUAUCACAAUUCCAGUGGGUCAGAAGUUUACAUUCACUAAGUUGACUGUGCCUUUAAACAGCUUGGAAAAUUCCAGAAAAUGAUGUCAUGGCUUUAGAAGCUUCUGAUAGGCUAAUUGACAUCAGUUGAGUCAACUGGAGGUGUACCUGUGGAUGUAUUUCAAGGCCUACCUUCAAACUCAGUGUCUCUUUGCUUGACAUCAUGGGAAAAUCAAAAUAAAUCAGCCAAGACCUCAGAAAAAAAAUUGUAGACCUCCACAAGUCUACUUCAUCCUUGGGAGCAAUUUCCAAACGCCUGAAGGUACCACGUUCAUCUGUACAAACAAUAGUACGCAAUUAUAAACACCAUGGGACCACGCAGCCGUCAUACCGCUCAGGAAGGAGACGCGUUCUGUCUCCUAGAGAUGAAUGUACUUUGGUGCGAAAAGUGCAAAUCAAUCCCAGAACAACAGCAAAGGACCUUGUGAAGAUGCUGGAGGGGAGGAAACAGCUAUAAAAGUAUCUAUAUCCACAGUAAAACAAGUUCUAUAUCAACAUAACCUGAAAGGCCGCUCAGCAAGGAAGAAGCCACUGCUCCAAAACCGCCAUAAAAAAUCCAGACAACUGUUUGCAACUGCACAUGGGGACAAAUAUCGUACUUUUUGGAGAAUUGUCCUCUGGUCUGAUGAAACAAAAAUAGAACUGUUUGGCCAUAAUGACCAUCGUUAUGUUUGGAGGAAAAAGGGGGUUGCUUGCAAGCCGUAAAACACCAUCCCAAAAGCUUGUGGAAGGCUACCCGAAACGUUUGACCCAAGUUAAACAAUUUAAAGGCAAUGCUACCAAAUACUAAUUGAGUGUAUGUAAACUUCUGACCCACUGGGAAUGUGAUGAAAUAAAUAAAAGCUGAAAUAAAUCAUUCUCUCUACUAUUAUUCUGACAUUUCACAUUCUUAAAAUAAAGUGGUGAUCCUAACUGACAUAAGACAAGGAAUUUUUACUAUGACUAAAUGUCAGGAAUUGUGAAAACGGAGUUUAAAUUUAUUUGGCUAAGGUGUAUGUAAACUUAUGACUUCAACUGUAUAUUUUGGGGGAAAAAACAUAUGGGGGAUUGGAAGUGAUGCAGACAAUUACAUUGAUGGAAGUUACAAUCUAUCUGCAGUAUUAAAGCUGAUCUACCCCCUAAAAUUAAAAAUAAAAGAGAAACACAAAGAGAGCCGCACACUGCAUAUGUAUAACCUCCCAGUAAUUUAUUGGGUAAAGAAACACCAAUGUUUCGGCAUCAUUCUUCUGAAGAAGGCACAGUGAUGCCGAAACGUUGUUUUUUUACCCAAUAAAUGACUGGGACGUUAUACAUAUGCAGUGUGCGGCUCUCUUUGUUUUAUAUAGCUUACAGUUUAUUCCCCGUUAGUCAGCACCUCUACACUAAAUCAUUUUCUCUGGGUGUGCGCCAGCUCAUGCUUUUUAUUAAACAAAGAGAAACACACCACCCCCCUUGAGUGUACCCGCCACUGCCGUUCUGACCUGCCGAUGGAUAGAAAAACCAGCUAGAUUUAUAUUUUCAAAGUCCUUGUUUAGCUACAAGUUGGAGAAACAUAGGAUAUUGCAGUUCUUCAGAUCACGUUGAUAGGUUAGUCUCAAACGGAGCUCGUCCAGUUUACUCCAGUGUUUCCUAAACUCCUUUCUGAGGACCUCAAGCGGUGCAUGUUUUGGUUUUUGCCCUAGCACUACACAGCUUAUUCAAAUAAUGAACUCAUCAUAAUGCUUUUAUUUUAUUUGAAUUAGUUGUGAGGUGCUAGGGCAAAAACCAAAACGUGCACCCCUUGGGGUCCCCAGGACCGAGUUUGGGAAACGCUGGAUUACACUAAUAGAACGGAAGGUAGAGGCGGUUCAUGCACUCGCCGACGUAGUCUCAUCAGGUAUAUCCUCGAGUGUCUGGGAUUUGGGCCAGGUCUGAGAUGUGCAGUAUGUCCUUCGCCGCCAACUCAUUGAAGUAGAAAUCACAUCCAAAUCGAGGUAAGUGAUUGCUGUUCUGAUGUCCAGAAGCUCUUUUCGGUCAUAGGAAACAAUGGCGGAAACAUUAUGUACCAAAAAAGUUCAGAUCAGCGCAAGAAAACACACAAAAUAGCACAAUUGGUCAGGAGCCUGUAAAAACUGAUUUCUUGGCUGAAUGAAGGUUUUAAAAGACAACAUUUCUCCCUGCGCUGCAGACACUGUAUGGGCAGCUAAUACAGGAGUAGUAAAGGCCCAGUGCACUACUUUUGUGAAUAUGUAUUUUUCUGCUGUUUUUUAUUUAUUCUGAUUUUUCAGGGGGUGCUGCAGCACCCUCAACACCCCUACUUUCCGUGGCUUUGCGUGGGGGAAAGAUCCUGAAUCUCCUCAUUGCCCCCCAGCAAAAUUAGCCUACAUUUAAGCCUUUGUUUAUAUGUCUAUUUCACACUAUUUUGAGGUACAAAUCGGAGCAUAAUGCUUGUAUGGAUGCCAACCCCAAUACAUGUUCAUGUCAUUGUAGCUAAUCAACUGCAUUACAGUUAAAAACGACUUUGACUACCACCACCGAUUUCUGUAUGCUGGCUACCAGCUUAAACGAACGGGAGUUAGCAUUUAGCAGUCACUUCUUCUAAACCUGAAAAGGCACAACUUCUAAAUGUUAUGCAAUGAAAACAGCCAAACAUAUCAAAAUCGGACUAGUAACCACAUUGUGGGCCUGUUACAAUCAUGACGGAUUCAACAAAUAUCCACUUUGUUCGAUCAAAUUUGUUGAAUGGGCGCCAAUCCGGCGUCCUUCUAUCCCCAACGGUGUGCGUUCCAUUGACCUCUUUACCACAUCUAUCACAGUCAUGUCAUUUCCAGUGAUACAGAGAGAGAGAGAGAGAGUAAUGCAUGCUUUGAUGCCAUCUAUACUUUUUUUUUUUGUCAACAUAAGUUUAAUUGACAUGAAUAAGCUAUGCUUUCUCAGGGCAUGGUUUUAAUAAACAAAAACAUCUGUGCCCAUUUGGAAACAGGGUUAUACUUAUGCUACUGUAUUUGGGCAUAUAUUCUACAACCUUUUUAGACCAUUGAGGAACAAAUAAGCCUACCUACUGUAAUUGCAUUCUGAAGCUGGUAUGCGGUUUGUCCUGUUUCAUUGCAUUGGUAACAAGCUAUAAUCACUUGCCUCCAAAAUAUGAUAUGAUAGCUUACCUCUGUCUAUAAAUACUGGCCCAUUAUGAAAUCACGUAUUUGCAGUCAGUCAGGGUGGUGUUGGCUAUUUAAUACUGGUCCCUCUAGGCCUCAGCUGUUUUGGUUAUAUUGUGCAGGGUCGGUACCAUGUGAGUGUUGCCACACGUGUUAAUGUGAUCUCUUUGCUGAGGCACCACAAAAAACUGUCAAAGGUAGCCUGUACUGUACUGUACUGUAUGUAUGCAGUACACACACACACUGUUUAGGACUUAACAUGGGACUGAAGUGGUAAGAGAGGGGGCAUCUUGGAUCAUGACUGCUCUGCCUGGGGACAAGACCCUGUCUUUCAGGCCUGCAUGUGAUUGGGAGAGCCAGGGGGGCUGAGGGAUGAGUGUUACACUAUGUGCUAAAUACCCAGUAACCUGUCAGCUGCAAUUUAUAGAAACACUGCGCAGUGGCACAAGCUGUUCCCUGUCAGAUUCUGUCAGACACUUUCCCACCUCUCUCUCUCUCUCUCUAUCUCUCUCUUUCUCUCUCUCUCUCUCUCUCUCUCUCUCCUCUCUCCUCUCUCUCUCGCUCUCUCUCUCUCCUCUCUCCAUCUCUCCUCUCUCUCCUCUCUCCUCUCUCUCUCACGCAUCUCCUCUCUCUCUCCUCCUUCUCCUCUCCCCAUCUCUCGGCUCUCUCGGCUCUCAUCGCUCUCUCUCUCUCGGCUCUCUCGGCUCUCUCGGCUCUCCCUCUGUAACCUCUCCUUACUUGUAAGGAGCAGAUACCCGUAGACUUCCAGUCAUUGUGCUAACACUUGUUAGCAUUGGCUCUUGAAACUACAUCUAACUUCCUUCAUACUGGACACAGAUACAUAAAAAUGGUAUCCACUAGUUCAUCCGGGGAAGUAGAUAAAGGGCCUCAUUGCCAAAAUCCCCAAGUAUCCCUUUAAUUGUAGGAGACCUUAGCUGCACCGUGUUUGUAGUUGGCAGGGUGACAAGAGUGUAUACAUUUAUUACUCACAGUAACAACAAUGAAGAGGUGUGAACACAGGAAAUUCCCCCUCAGUUGCAUAGCUCUGUAUUCUCUGAGAACAUGCAUCUGAGGAGCCAUUUUCAUUAGAAUGGGUCCCUUAAAAAACCCACAAAGGAUUUUAAACUUUUUUAAAAACCAGAGAAAAUUUUUUUGGUAAAAAAAGAUGCAAAACCAUUUGACUACAAAAGAAACGUCACACCCCACUUUUAUUUCAGUAAUUAAAAAAAAGGCAUGUAAAAAUCCUUGAAUUUAAAUUUAAACCCAAAUCCCCCCCUGCAAAUUUUGAGCUUUUUUUACAUAAGAAAGGAAAGUUUGGGUUUAAGCCGGGGCCCUGAAUGCUGAAAACCCCCAAAUUGUUUCAGUUAAAAUUGAAAAAGGGUUAAAAACAUAGCGAAAUCAGUGGAUGCCGGGCCUCAAAAUGAAACGGGGACUGUUUAAAACUUCAUGAAAACCCGGGCCCUUAAACACUGGUGUGGUUUGGAUAAAGGACGGGGUCAUUCACUGCUUUUGCUAAGCGGUUUUUGGGGGGUUUUUUCCCAAGGGCAGAAAGGAAACUGCGGGCCAGUACUUUUGAAAAACCCUUUUAGGGAGGGAGGGGGGGGGGAGGGGGGAGGGAGGGGGGGGCUUUCUUUUUUCUGUCCCUUUUUUCCUUUUUUUCUCUUUCUCUCUCUGCUCCCCUCUCCGGCUCUCUUUUCGCUUUUCUCUCCUCUCUCUCUCUCCUCCUCUCCUCUUUUCCUCCCCAAAUUCUUUUCUCUCUCCUUCUUUUCUCGCUCGUCCCCUCUCUCUCUCUCUCUCCUCUUCUCUCUCCCCUCUCCUUCUCCUCUCUCUCUUCUCCUCUCCUCUCUCUCUUUCUCUCCUCUCUCUCUCGCUCUCUCUCUCGCCUUUUGGGGUUUGUUCUUCUAGUGUCUGCUGCCAAUGUUCCAACAACACCCUUGGUCUCCUGGGUUUUAUACAGAGUUAGUGUGGGUGAAACCUCUGUUUCUGUGGCCAAUUCUGAAAGGUAGUGUCACACAUCCUGUUGCACGAUAAGUAUUUAUUUCAAUAAUCCCGCUCUAUAAACAGCAACUCCAUGUGAUCCUUUAGGUUGUAAUUUUAUAGUUUGCUAAUUCAUAAUUUCAUCUGUCCAAGGUUCACUGGGUCUAUUUUGGUCGCCCGAUAACUCCUAGUAAUUCUGAUUGUGAGUUAUUCUAUGGUUAUCUAGGGAUAGAAAUGACGAGGUCAUGUUAAACUGUGUAAAGUUAUCAAUAGCCAAUCUACAGCAUUUCUUACCAUAAUGGUGUAAUUUUCCAAAUGACUAAUUCUCAAUUUUGUGCAACUCUGGGGUGACUUUCAGCGACAUUAUCGUAGAGGUCAAGGCAUUAUCAUUAGCAAGUCCUCUUGAGAAUCUCCCCAGCCCAGCCCCACUUUUUGCUAAAUAUUGGUGCAGGUAGUACAAUAAUUUUAGCAACUGCUCCUGUCCUGGGUCCUUGAUUUUAUUGUUUAACUGGUAAUUAAUUAGUUCUGGACAAUGGUCUACAACGGUCAGUAGAGCUGAUGUUUUCAUCGGCUUGGAGAUUCAAACCAGCGAUCUUUCGGGUUACUGGCCCAGCGCUCUUAACCGCUAAUAUCAGUUCUUUAUGUUUGACAAGUAGUAUGAAGCUGCGGUUUGGAGUAUUGCUUCUCCAUACUAUGUAAUGUAUUCGCUGUGAAUGGCUUGGAGAUUCAAACCAGCGAUCUUUCGGUUACUGGCCCAGCGCUCUUAACCGCUAGUAUCAGUUCUUUAUGUUUGACAAGUAGUAUGAAGCUGCGGUUUGGAGUAUUGCUUCUCCAUACUAUGUAAUGUAUUCGCUGUGAAUCUGGUUGACAACUAGAUGCCGCUGUUCCUGCUAUACCGUCACACUUAUCAUAUUUUUCUGGUCUCUUGUGUUUAUUAAAUAUAUCAUAACAUUUCCUUUGCAACUUUGGGUAGACAACCAAUAGAUUUGACUCACGAUGAAAAUAAAUUGUGUGGUCAUCCUCACAAUUCAAGCUAGUCCUCCAUGAAAGCAAAUCAGGGCACUCUGUCUCUCUCCCUCUUCUUGUCUCUGGUCAGUUUUUAAACAUAGACGUGUUGGUAUGUUUCCCUUAAAGGAAUAAUCCACUCAAAAACUAUAUUUAGGUAUUUUUUUCACUGUUGAUGCAUCCCAAAAUAUUUGUAGUGCAGUGCAUUUGCAGUGCAUCAUAUAGUGCAAAACGCUUCAUCAUGAUGAUGUGGUUACAAGUUGCUUUUUGAAGGUCCUAUAUCUUGAAAACAAAAUGCCCCAGGGCAGUGAUUCGGGACAUUUCCAUCUUUCGGAUGGGACGUUAAACGGGUGUCCUGACUCUCUGUGGUCACUAAAGAUCCCAUGGCACGUAUCUUUAGAGUAGGGGUGUUAACCCCGGUGUCCUGGCUAAAUUCCCAAUCUGACCGUCAUGCCAUCAUGGCCACCUAAUCAUCCCCAGCUUCCAAUUGGCUCAUUCAUCCCCCCUACUCGCCCCUGUAACUAUUCCCCAGGUCGUUGCUUUAAAUGAGAAUGUGUUCUAGUAAAAUAAGGGUAAAAAAUAAUGAAUUGGCUACAAAUGAAACGGAAUUACUGCAAUUGAAUUGGCUACAAUGUGAAAUUAUAGUAUCCACAAACCACAGCUGGGUCACCUGCUACUGUCCUCCCUUCCACUGGCAUACUGUUAUGUUCAGCUCAUAACUGUUUUUUUUAUCUCUCUCUCUCUCUCUCUCUCUCUCUCUCUCUCUCUCUCUCUCUCUCUCUAGUUAAUGUUAAUGUUGGUAGAUCUCUAGGGACAGGGUUGGAGAGCCCUGAUAUAGGGAAUAGGGUGAACACCCUUACAGUAGAGUAGGGAGGGUUCCCAUUGCAAUAACGAACCCUGCAGAUGGCGGCCCUUUGAAGGCGGAGGUGCUGACCUCUGUCGGCCUGGGGUGACACAAGCCAUGAAAAGGGCCAUUGUCGUUGGAAGAGAGAGAUCUCUCUCUCUCUCUCUCUCUCUCUCUCUCUCUCUCUCUCUCUCUCGCGCUCUCGCUCUCGCUCUCGCUCUCGCUCUCUCGUUAAUGUUACCUAUCUCUUACUGACACCUACCCAUGAGCCCCUCUUUUUCCAUUUACUGUAACCAGCAUCCGCACCGACCGACACCAGACGUCCAUGGACAUUGAAAAGUAGUUAAAAUUUGGUCAUCCUUGAUUUCAAUAUCCACAGACAUUGAGUUUUGGUCCGGACUGGCCUUGAUUUGGCCCAAACGUAGACGUCCAUGAUUGGUGACCGGACCAAAUCUGAACCAAUCAUAGACGUCUAUGUUUCACAAAUUUGGACAGUACAGUACAGUGAAGCACGGAGUACAUUACAGUACAGAAAAGUAAAGAAGAGUAGAGUAUAGUUCAGUACAGUACAGUACAGUUAAAUAUAGUUCAGUAUAAUAGAGUACUAUAUUGUACUCUACUGUCCUGAACUCUACUCUACUGUGAUGUACUGUACUUUACUCUACUGUGCUGUACUGUGAUGUCCAAACUUGUGAAACAUAGACGUCUAUGAUUGGUUCAGAUUUUGUUUAGUUUCGGGGCAGAGCUCAUUAGAAUAAUAGCCAUUGUGUAGAAUAAUACCCAUAUGCAAAAUAUGAUAUUGCAUAUUUCUACCCUUGUGUACCUAUUCACGAUACAUCUGAAGAGAAUGACAUUCAUAUCCAUAAUUAUGCAUUUCUGUGUAGUACAGAUCAGGGACCCAUGAUGUAAUUCCGUUACCGUAAUUCUGUUAUGGGGUGUAAAUCCACUUCAUUUACUGUAUUUCAAUAACCAAAAGAGAUUUUUUCAAACUGAAGUUGUCAUGUCAUAGCUGACACCCCAUUAUUUCUGCAGACAUUUUUUUAUCCUAAUUCGGAGCAGAUAUUUAAAUGUUUUUGGAAAACAUGGUCACAUAAAAAACUGAGGGAGAUUUUACCGUAAAUCUGUUACCAAACUUUGCAUCUGCACAUAUUCCAGUAAACGUUUUGUGAAAUUUACUGUGUUCAAAGUAGUCCUAGUAAAUAGAGUUGGUUUGUUAACAUUUGAUAUCAAUGUUUUUUUGUUUGGCAUUCAUUUUAAAGUGAAAAAUCUGAGUGUAAUAAUUCCGUUACCGUGGAAUUGCCCCAUGUUUAUAGACCUGACCUGGUGAUUGGCACAGAGCUGAGCUGGGGGUUCUUCCAAUGGCAGCUUUGCCCGUCACGGACCCACCUCACCUUGGCAGGUGCGGCUGAAGGCUGUACUGCUGAUCAAUGUUUUGGUUAAUAUAUGAUAAUAAAGAAGCAUUUUCUAUCAACAUUUCACUGUACUCCUCAAUUGAAUAUCCUUCUGAAUAUGUUUAAACUCCCACACAUCAAAUGUAUCCCUCAAUUCAUGCAUCCUUUGUUGGACUGUGAGGUAGUGUAGUUAAGUAUCUGCCUGGACCAGAAACUAGAGGUUUGCGGGCCGGAUUCGUCCCACGAAGCACUAUUUGAGUAUUAUUGGUUUAUUUUACCCUUUGCAGGUGUUGCUGGUGAGCAGCAGUCGGCACCCGGACCAGUGGAUUGUACCAGGAGGAGGGAUGGAGCCUGAGGAGGAGCCGUGUGGAGCUGCAGUCAGAGAGGUGUAUGAAGAGGUGAGAACCCCACCAUAGAAAUGUUAUUAUUUUACAUUUACAUUUUAGUCAUUUAGCAGACGCUCUUAACCAGAGCGACUCACAGGAGCAAUUAGGGUUAAGUGCCUUGCUCAAGGGCACAUUAACGUCAUUUAGCAGACGCUCUUAGCCAGAGCGACUCACAAAUUGGUGCGUUCACCCUAUAGCCAGUGGGAUAACCACUUUACAAUUUGGGGGGGGGGGGGUUAGAAGGAAUACUUUAGCCUAUCCCAGGUAUUCCUUAAAGAGGUGGGGUUUCAAAUGUCUCCGGAAGGUGGUGAGUGACUCCGCUGUCCUGGCGUCGUGAGGGAGCUUGUUCCACCAUUGGGGUGCCAGAGCAGCGAACAGUUUUGACUGGGCUGAGGGGGAGCUGUGCUUCCGCAGAGGAAGGGGAGCCAGCAGGCCAGAGGUGGAUGAACGCAAUGUCCUCGUUUGGGUGUAGGGACUGAUCAGAGUCUAUCUGUAAUGCAAGUUAGAGGGACAGUUUCCUUGAUAAAUUAGUAGCAUUUGUAGACUUGAAGUGGAUACAUAGUUUCCAAAUGUUCUAGAUUGAGCAUGAUGUACACUGCACAGACAGCAAGUUCAGCUAAUGGUUUAGUGCAGGGUUCCCCAACUGGCGGCUGUUUUUAUUUACCCCUCCAGGUUUUCUCAGCAAUUGUUUUAUUUUAUAUAUAUAUACAGCUCUGGAAAAAAUUAAGAGACCACUGCAAAUAUUUCUUAAAUCAGCAUCUCUACAUGUAUGACAGCCAUUCCAUUCCAGUGUCUGUUGAAUUCCAACACAGGCACACCUCAUUCUACUGAAUUAGGUACUGAUUAGGUGAUCACCUGAACCAAAUCUUAUUUAACAAGGAAAAGUAUAAAAACCACUGCUGUGGUCAUCACUAUCCUCUUGCAAUAGGACCAGCUGGAUGGCAAAAACAGUGCUAAUAGUACCUCAAAUGUAAUAUUAAUCAAAAAAGAAUUACCAUGCCAAAAGAGUUGAAAAGGAAAGUUUUGAGUGAGGAAAAUAAGUGUUCAAUUCUGGCUUUACUGGCAGAGGGAUACAGUGAGCGUAUCCCUCUGCUUCCAUCCUUAAAAUUUCAAUGACGGCGGUUCAUAAGAACAAGGUCAAGCAGCAGACAUUGGGGACAACAAAGCUACAGACCGGCAGAGGGCGAAAACGACUCUCUACUGACCGGGAUGACCGCCAACUCAUUCGAAUGUCACUCAACAACCGUAGGAUGACAUCAAGUGACCUACAAAAAGAAUGGCAAACAGCAGCUGGGGUGAAGUGCACGGCGAGGACGGUUCGAAACAGGCUCCUAGGGGCACGGCUGAAGUCGUGCAAAGCAAGAAAAAAGCCCUUCAUCAAUGAGAAGCAAAGAAAAGCCAGGCUGAGGUUUGCAAAAGACCAUAAGGAUUGGACCGUAGAGGACUGGAGUAAGGUCAUCUUCUCUGAUGAGUCCAAUUUUCAGCUUUGCCCAACACAUGGUCGUCUAAUGGUUAGACGGAGACCUGGAGAGGCCUACAAGCCACAGUGUCUCGCACCCACUGUGAAAUUUGGUGGAGGAUCGGUGAUGAUCUGGGGGUGCUUCAGCAAGGCUGGAAUCGGGCAGAUUUGUCUUUGUGAAGGACGCAUGAUUCAAGCCACGUACAAGGUUGUCCUGGAAGAAAACUUGCUUCCGUUUGCUCUGACAUUGUUCCCCAAAUCUGAGGAUUGGUUUUUCCAGCAGGACAAUGCGCCAUGCCACACAGCCAGGUCAAUCAAGGUGUGGAUGGAGGACCACCAGAUCAAGAUCCUGUCAUGAGGAAUUACAAUAUUUUUAUUGGGAGAAAUGUUGUCAGUAGUUUAUAGAAUAAAACAAAAAUGUUAAUUUCACCCAAACACAUACCUAUAAAUAGUAAAACCAGAGAAAGUUAUAUUUUUGCAGUGAUCUCUUAAUUUUUUCCAGAGCUGAAUAUAUAAUAUUAUUUUUUGGGGGGGGGGUUGGACAUAAAAUACUGUAAAAAAGUUGGGAACAGAUUUCCAAAAUUUCCUAAGUAUUUUCACACAUAAUCAGGACACGUGAUUGUAUACAAAUGUAAGCAAGGUUUGAAAUGAUUACGUUUUAGUCAAAUAUUAUAUCUGUUUGGGCUUCUUGCAAUCAAUUUGCAGACUACAAAUAUUUGUUUAUUAUGUUCUGGCUCACUGACCAUCCCCUCAAGAAAACAUUGUCCCGUGGCUGAAUCUAGUUGAUGAUCCCUGGUUUAGUGAAAGGAGUGACAGUGCUUGUUCACUGUUAGUUUGGACUGGAGUGGAUGGACUCAGUGUGUGUUCUGCCGUGUUCUGCCCCAGGGAGUCAUGUGUUGACAGCUGUGAGGAAUUGAGCGGUGACAUUUAGAGGCAGUGUCCAGUUACCCACAUCUUCCUCCUCCUGAGAGAGACAUGUCCCUGAAUAGGGUUAAAUGAGUCGCACACCAACACAGGCUGUUGGGAGCUAAUAACUCAAAUGGUCCUCCCACUGUAAUACCCUUCUGUCAAGUUCAACACAUCCACUCCAAAGAACCACGUAACGGAAGUGUAAUGGAGGUUUAAUUUGUGCAUGAGUGUAUGAUUAUUGCCACACAGUUUUAUGACAUAUAUCCAUGUGGUGGCUAAAUAUGUAGGUUAAAUUAAAAUAUAAGACAUUCAACCCUGUUGAGCCCAUGUUUGUCAAAAAUGGCGAUGAGCUUUUACCUACAAGUAUUGUCUUUGUAUGUCAACCAUAUGCAAUUUACUUACUUAUUAAUAUUUUACAACCCCCCCCCCCCCCCAAAAAAAAAAUGAAGAAAAAAAUAUUGGGAUUAACCCAUCAUAGAGCUGAAGUGUGUUAGUAGGUGCCUGUGUUUGUCAUACGACCCUGUGGUCCUGGUAACCUGGCCCCAGUCAGGGGGUCCCAGGAGAGGUGCAGGAACUUCAACCUGAAUUAUGUCUCUCUCCCAGGAUCAUGUGAACAGUCCUGGAAUGCUGUCAGGUGUUAACAGGCUCUCCCAAAACAGUCAGUGGCCGGGUCACAAGAAUCUUUUAAUAUUUUUUCUCAUGCAUAUAUCACAAUCCUUUAUAUCUUAGUGCAGUGGUUCCCAAACUGUGGGGGGGGGGGGGGGGGGGGGUCAGAACUCAGCCAGGCUUUCAACCUACUCUUGGAAGUUGUAAUGGCUGAAUGCACAAAUUGGGUAGUGUAUCAGCAGUUUUACUCUUGUCAUGUCAGUCAUUGCAGACCUUAGAGAGCUAUUUAUAACUUGUCAGAAAUGUCCAGAUCAACUAACCCAUGUCAGCUAAUGUUUUUUAGCUAGGUUUUUUUGCACAUUGAUUUUGUUUCCCAAUAACGGAAGAGGGUCCCCAAGUGAAAAAGUUUGGGAACCACUGUCCUAGUGGACCGUGUGAUAUCCUCAUGGACAGUAUGAUGAGUUCUGAAAUGGCUCCACGGCUUCCCAUCAGCCAUUUCAUGUUAUCUGCUUUUUACCACAAAUGGUUUGACAAGCAACAUUAGGCUUAUACAGUAUAUUAGCCUGGUCACCAAUCUUGUGUUGUCUUGCCAUUUCCAUCCCUGGUGUGUCAUUGUUUGGCGUGACAAAUGACAAUGUCAGCAAUGUAGUUGGCAAGACAGCACAAACAGAUCUGGAACCAUGCUAACAUUAUAGCUAUGUUCAUUAGCAGGAGUUCUUGGCCUUGAUUUUAUAUUGCUGACCAAACUGCUGAGCGCUUCAGUCUAUGAGACAUGCUAGGAUGGCAUAGGUCCUCCUGGGGAUCUUGUCUUGAGAUGGGCUAAACCCAAAUCAGUGGGUAUACAGUGCAUUCGGAAAGUAUUCAGACCUUUGACUUUUUCCACAUUUUGUUACGUUACAGCCUUAUUCUAAAAUUGAUUAAAUAAAACAUUUUCCUCAUCAAUCUACACACAGUACCCCAUAAUGACAAAGCGAAAAUAGGUUUUUAGAAAUGUUUGCAAAUUUAUAAAAAAUGUAAAACAGAAAUACCUCAUUUACAUAAGUAUUCAGACCCUUUGCUAUGAGACUCGAAAUUGAGCUCAGGUGCAUCCUGUUUCCAUUGAUCAUCUCUGAGGUGUUUCUACAAUUUGAUUGGAGUUCACCUGUGGUAAAUUCAAUUCAUUGGACAUGAUUUGGAAAGGCACACACACCUGUCUAUAUAAGGUCCCAGAGUUGACAGUGCAUGUCAGAGCAAAAACCAAGCCAUGAGGUUGAACGAAUUGUCCGUAGAGCUCUGAGACAGGAUUGUGUCGAGGCACAGAUCUGGGGAAGGGUACCAAAAAAUGUCUGCAGCAUUGAAGGUCCCAAGAACACAAUGGCCUCCAUCAUUCUUAAAUGGAAGAAGUUUGAACCACCAAGACUCUUCCUAGAGCUGGCCGCUCGGCCAAACUGAGCAAUCGGGAGAAGGGCCUUGGACAGGGUGGUGACCAAGAACCCGAUGGUCACUCUGACAGAGCUCCAGAGUUCCUCUGUGGAGAUGGGAGAACCUUCCAGAAGGACAACCAUCUCUGCAGCACUCCACCAAUCAAGCCUUUAUGGUAGAGUGGACAGACGGAAGCUAGUCCUCAGUAAAAGGCACAUGACAGCCCGCUUGGAGUUUGCCAAAAGGCAACUAAAGGUUCUUAGACCAUGAGAAAUAAGAUUCUCUGGUCUGAUGAAACCAAGAUUGAACUCUUUGGGAUGAAUGCCAAGCAUCACGUCUGGAGGAAAUCUGGCACCAUCCCUACGGUGAAGCAUGGUGGUGGCAGCAUCAUGCUGUGGGGAUGUUUUUCAGCGGCAGGGACUGGGAGACUAGUCAGGAUCGAGGGAAAGAUGAAUGGAGCAAAGUACAGAGAGAUCCUUGAUGAAAACCUGCUCCAGAGCGCUCAGGACCUCAGACUGGGGCGAAGGUUCACCUUCCAACAGGACAAUGACCCUAAGCACACAGCCAAGGCAACGCAGGAGUGGCUUCGGGACAAGUCUCUGAAUGUACUUGAGUGGCCCAUCCAACCUGACAGAGCUUGAGAGGAUCUGCGGAGAAGAAUGGGAUAAACUCCCCAAAUACAGGUGUGCCAAGCUUUUAGCGUCAUACCCAAGAAGACACGAAGCAGUAAUCGCUGACAAAGGUGCUUCAACAAAGUACUGAGUAAAGGGUCUGAAUACUUAUGUAAAUAGAAUAUUUCAGUUUUUAUUUCUAAAAACCUGUUUUUGCUUUGUCAUUAUGGGGUAUUGUGUGUAGAUUGAUGAGGAGAAAAAAACGAUUUAAGCAAUUUUAGAAUAAGGCUGUAACGUAACAAAAUGUGGAAAAAGUCAAGGGGUCUGAAUACUUUCCGAAUGCACUGUACAUGCAGUCCUCAUCGUGGGCAAUGCUGAGACUGAGUUGUAUGGGAGCAGAGACAUGGUAUUCCCCUUUGGCUAGUCUGCUGGAAUUCUGUCCCGGCAUGGAAAUAUCCCACAGUCAGUCGAUGUUCCCAUCCGGCUUUUGCAGGGGGUGAGGGUAGGGUACUGUCAAACCUAUUGUCAUUGUUUGACGUCAAACAUAUCUGCCUUACCAAACAAGCACAUUCUUUAAGAGCACAUUCCUUGCUUGUGAAUAUCACGAUACAUGGAUUCCUUUUUAUUUGUUAUAAUCUGUGAUGUCUUAGUUAUCUAUCAUCAAUUAAAUAAAUGUAGGCUAUUUCAAAUCAAAUCACAUUUUAUUUUCCACAUGCGCCAAAUACAACAGUGAAAUGUAAAACAUGUCACGCCCCUUGCUUAGUAAGUACCACUUCUCCCUGAUUCUGCUCUUACCGAGGCUCGAACCCAGGACCUCUGCCUCGCAAACACAUGACCGCCCUCAUGAAAUGUCUUACUCAGCAGCACCACUGAAAAGCUAGCUAUUCCAUAGUGCAAGUAGGGACACUUCAGGCAGAGGGGUGAGUUUCACAGAUUCCCAUCUGCUACAUUUACCCCCAAUCUCACUCCACAGCGACCCCAGUGUUGAGCUGAGCAAAACUGCAGAUCCAGGUCAUGGCACCAUUGUAAAGGAUGUCACACUGCUUACUUAGAGAGGACCACUUCCCCCUGAUUCAGCUCAUACCGAGGCUCGAACUCAGGACCUCUGUCUCGCAAACGCACGUGACUGCCCUCCUGAAGCGUCUUACCCAGUCGUACUAGCUAGCUAUUCAGCAGCGCAUGUGGGGACACUUCAGGCUGAGGAAUCAGUUUCACAGAUCUCCAUCUGCUACAUUUACAUUUAGUAGAAUUUGAUUCUGUUUUCUGAAAAUAAUUGUCUUGCUGAAGUUGAUUUAACAGAAGAGUAGAGCUCUCUGUGCACUACAUGAUAUCCGCUCUAACAACGUUUAAAAGUGAUUCUGUCUUGUAAUGUAGGAUGUGGGAAUGUAUUGGUUUUAUACUGGUGUUUAUACACUAGCUGACUGUCCUUUGUUGUAAUCUGUCUGUGUGUGUCACUGUCCAGGCUGGUGUAAAGGGAAAACUUGGCAGGCUACUGGGGGUUUUUGAGGUAAGCCUCACAAACCGUCAAUAAUCAUGUCAUAGCACACUGUAGCAUAGCACUGUAUAUUACAUAGCAUGUAUCACAUCAUAUCUAAACAUUGCUCUCAUUACAACAUUAUUAUUAAGCCCUACUUCCUCAUACCUUAGACCAGUGAUAUUCAAAGUUGUGGUCGCGACCCCCUGGGGUAAUUGCAGUGGGGUCGCCACAUAAGAAAUUAUAUUUAGGGAACAGAAAAUGUAGAGUACAGAUUUAGUAAAUGUAUUUUAUUGAGUAAAUUUAUUUAUUGGUUAUUUUUGAUACGAGAGACAAAUGUAAUGAAUUGAAGGUUAUUUGUUGAUGUAAAUAGACAUUUAUGGAUUUUAAGGUUGUGUCAUUAGAUUUGGGCUGGGGUGGGGUCGGUUGAAAUUCAGGCCAAAAAAUGGGGUCCCAGCUGAGAAUACCACACACCACACCACACCACACCACAUAAUUCUAAAGCCCUGCAUGCAAUACAGAAACACUGUAUAAAGGUAUUAUUAUGAUAUGAAGCAGUCUGUCUGUUUGUCUGUCCCUGUAGCACAACCAGGACAGGAAACACAGGACAUACGUCUAUGUCCUGACUGUGACAGAGACCUUGGAGGACUGGGAGGAUUCUGUCAACAUCGGUAGGCUUCUACUGUACACGAAGACAUCUGGUUAGGGAGCACUAUUUUCCCACAUCUCUUUAGACCUUUAUGCUCAUCUUUCAUCUAAGCAUUUCCUCUCCGACACAAUUGGUGGGAAACUGGGAACUUCUGAGAAAUUUAGACAAACAACCUUUUCUUAUUACACCUACAUCUCUCUCACACCCCGGGCCCCUUUCACUCUCCCAGUCUGUGAUGUUGACAUCAAAACAUUGGAACACACAAACACACUUGUGCCUCACGAAACAAAACGUUUUUGAUCUCCUAAGCAGUCAGGGCCGUGAAAUGAGUUUUGAGGACUGUUCUUUGCAUUUCAAGCUGCUGAACCAUGAAUUUGAUCAAUUUUAUUUACGAGCGAUUUGCAUAGGUCACAUGCACAUCACUGUUCUCUCCUGGGUGGAUCUGUGGAACAUCAAAGUGGAGCAGAUGAGACAUGUUCCUAAAGUGGCUACUGUACAUAACAAAUUCUGUAUGUGUCUUUGUUAUCUUUUAAUGUAUUACAAACAAUUAUAAGUGCCAAAUAAUCAUUGAUUUUGUAUCUACUGACUGCACUAUUGACAGAUGUUCCAAUCCAUCAAAAGUCUAAAUUGUAAAUCUCAGCAUUGAAAGGAGUUAAAAUGACUCGUAUAGAUGCUGACCUCAGUUUAGUUGGCAGGAGACAGCUUGUAAAACAUGAGAGAGGACCAAACAGACAGCAGACAGACUGACAGAUGGUCUCUGUUGUCACUUGGGAUACUGGCCGAGGGACACGUCCAUGUUUACAGUAAUACGUCCCUAGCCACCUGACCUCUGACCUGCUGGAUAUAUUGACUGAAAAAAUUCUGUCAGUUGUUUUCACACCAUCAUCACUUCUAUGUCAAACACCUGUUGAACUUCAGUAAUGUCAGCAUAUUGCUGGAUGUGAAAAUAAAAUGGUUGCAUUUGAAGAAAGGUUUGAAAAAACAGUAUUUAAUGUCGACUUAUGUUUUGAUACUUAGUUUGCAUAAAGUGUGUAUCAAAUUAUAAUGAGAUGAAAUUGGCCAAAUUCUGUUUUGAGUAAGUUACUUGUACAUUUAUUGUAUAUGUGUAAUAUUUACAUGAAGACAUUUUCCAUGUUCUGUAACUAAAAUAUGUGGUAUCUGUGCAAAUUAGUGUCAAGUAAAUAUUGUAUAGUAGAAAACACCAAACUGUCUUAGCUAACUAGACACGUUAUACAUGUUAAGAUGUGGACUAGAUCCCAGAAAUUAUCACCAUUAUUGGUUUAGGAUGCGGUAGCCGGUGUUUAAAAUAUAACGUUUGACAAGGGACCCUGUAACUCAAAAUGUGAACUAUUUGUAGCCGGUCUGAAAAAUGUGCUGAUCUUUCAUUCCCUUCACCCAUAUAAAUAGAAUUCAGGUCUGUUCACGAGGGGCAUGCAUAUUUGCUGUGCACAGUUGUUUUCCAGUCUUCGUCACUACCCGCACUGUCGCCCCCUCCCUCCGUCCUCUCUUGCCCUAUACAAGGCCCAGGACUGUGCUUGGUCAGGCUCUACAUUUAUGGGCUUGUCUUACAAGUUACACUAACCUUCUCCUCCAGGGCUAGCGCUCGCGGAGUACCUCAGUGGUUAGUGCACCCCCCCCCCCCCCCCCCCCCCAACACACACACACACACCUCUACUCCCCCCUCAGUAACCCAUUUUAAUGUCAGAGGGCACUUUGAAUGCCUUUUACAAAAUACUUGAAUUAUAAAAUAUGGCUAGCAUUUGGAGGCCAGGAGAAAGUGGUUUUGAAGAGAUGUAUAAAGAAUGUUAACUGACAGGUAACCAGACAGAAGUUUUUUAUGGGAACUCUUUAUACCGAGGCUUUGGUGAGAAGCUUCAUAAACACCACAGGAGAAAUGACAGAAAUGUCCAGUUGUAUCACAUUCAGUGGUGUUGCUGAAAAUGUAUUUCAGAGCUGGUUGGUUUGAAGGGGUGGGGACAAUGUGUAGCGGCGUACAGAGGUUUAGCCAGUGUUUCCAUGUUGAUAUGCUAAUUUGGAAGUCCAACAAAAGCAGAUAAGUAAAAACACUUCCUGAAUGUCACAUGGCAUCCGUUACAGUAACAAAGGCCUACUUUAAGGAUAGUUUUGAUUAGUUCCUAAUACAAUGUAAUAUACAUUCAGGCAAUCAGGGAAAAACAAACAACAUGACAGAAGUCAUUGUUGGCUUAGUACAAAAGCUGAGAAUCGUUUUAUACAGUGGCUUGCAAAAGUAUUCACCCUCCUUGGCAUUUUUCCUAUUUUGUUGCCUUACAACCUGAAAUUAAAAUGGAUUUUGUGGGGGGUUGUAUCAUUUUGAUUUACACAACAUGCCUACCACUUUGAAGAUGCAAAAUAUUUUUUCUUGUGAAACAAACAAGAAAUAAGACAAAUAAACAGAACUUGAGCGUGCAUAACUAUUCAACCCCCCCCCCCCCCAAAGUCAAUACUUUGUAGAGCAACCUUUUCCAGCAAUUACAGCUGCAAGUCUCUUGUGGUAUGUCUCUAUAAGCUUGACACAUCUAGCCACUGGGAUUUUUGCCCAUUCUUCAAGGCAAAACUGCUGCAGCUCCUUCAAGUUGGAUGGAUUCCGCUGGUGUACAGCAAUCUUUAAAUCAUACCACAGAAUCUCAAUUGGAUUGAGGUCUGGGCGUUGACUAGGCCAUUCCAAGACAUUUAAAUGUUUCCCCCUUAAACCACUCGAGUGUUGCUUUAGCAGUAUGCUUAGGGUCAUUGUCCUGCUGGAAGGUGAACCUCCGUCCCAGUCUCAAAUCUCUGGAAGACUGAAACAGGUUUCCCUCAAGAAUUUCUCUGUAUUUAGCGCCAUCCAUCAUUCCUUCAAUUCUGACCAGUUUCCCAGUCUCUGCCGAUGAAAAACAUCCCCACAGCAUGAUGCUGCCAGCACCAUGCUUCACUGUGGGGAUGGUGUUCUCGGGGUGAUGAGAGGUGUUGGUUUGCGCCAGACAGCGUUUUCCUUGAUGGCCAAAAAGCUCAAUUUUAGUCUCAUCUGACCAGAGUACCUUCUUCCAUAUGUUUGGGGAGUCUCCCACAUGCCUUUUGGCGAACACCAAACGUGUUUGCUUAUGUUUUUCUUUAAGCAAUGGCUUUUUUCUGGCCACUCUUCCGUAAAGCCCAGCUCUGUGGAGUGUACGGCUUAAAGUGAUCCUAUGGACAGAUACUCCAAUCUCCGCUGUGGAGCUUUGCAGCUCCUUCAGGGUUUUAUUUUAAUUUUAUUUAAAGCAGUGCGAUAAAAACAACAACACAGAGUUACAUAUGGGGUAAAACAAAACAUAAAGUCAAAAAUACAACAGAAAAUAUAUAUACAGGGUUAUCUUUGGUCUCUUUGUUGCCUCUGAUUAAUUCCCUCCUUGCCUGGUUCGUGAGUUUUGGUGGGCGACCCUCUCUUGGCAGGUUUGUUGUGGUGCCAUAUUCUUUCCAUUUUUUAAGAAUGGAAUUAAUGGUGCUCCGUGGGAUGUUCAAAGUUUCUGAUAUUUUUUUAUAACCCAACCCUGAUCUGUACUUCUCCACAACUUUGUCCCUGACCUGUUUGGAGAGCUCCUUGGUCUUCAUGGUGCUGCUUGCUUGGUGGUGCCCCUUGCUUAGUGGUGUUGCAGACUCUGGGGCCUUUCAGAACAGGUGUAUAUAUACUGAGAUCAUUUGACAGAUCAUGUGACACUUAGAUUGCACACAGGUGGACUUUAUUUAACUAAUUAUGUGACUUCUGAAGGUAAUUGGUUGUACCAGAUCUUAUUUAGGGGCUUCAUAGCAAAGGGGGUGAAUACAUAUGCACGCACCACUUUUCCAAUAUUUAUUUUUUAGAAUUUUUUGAAACAAGUUAUUUUUUUCAUUUCACUUCACCAAUUUGGACUAUUUUGUGUAUGUCCAUUACCUGAAAUCCAAAUAAAAAUCCAUUUAAAUUACAGGUUGUAAUGCAACAAAAUUGGAAAAACGGCAAGGGGGAUGAAUAUUUUGGAUCAUAUUACUCUGUUAACCUGCUAAACUCUGAGUGGUUGUUUUGGACCCGGUACAGGAUCCGGCGACAUCAUUUGAAAGCUACAGUCCUUUUUAGAAAUCGAACUCAAAUCUUACUGCUGGCAAUGUCAUAAGAACAUCCUUGUAUACAUCCUCCACAUGCACCAUUGAUCUAGCUCAUUGUUUACAAAAGGAAAAGUGAAUGGAAAAAUAUGUUUCCUCACCUGUCUGUGUCUUAUUUCAAAAACGCAAACUCCAUAACUUGAAAGCCCUGAUUGUUAAGGUCAUUUUAAGAUGUCAGGCAUGAAAAUCCAUUCAGCCAUUUUGGCACAGUGACUCACUACCCAAACCAGACGCAACUGGUUUCAAGUGGCCAAGAGACAUCAUGUGAUCUCCUAUUGCUAUCUCGUGGAUGAACUGGGAAUCAGACAGGGGAUAUAUUUACAUCAAUGGAUAGGUAGAGACUUCAACUUUCUCCUCAUAUGCCUUCAGAGAUUAUUCACACCCCUUGACUCUUUCCAGAUUUUGUUGUGUUAAACCCUGAAUUUAAAAGUGAUUAAAUUGAGAUGUUGAGUCACUGAUCUACACACAAUGUGGAAUUGGGUUUUUAGAAAUGUUUACAAAUUAAUAACACAUUUAAAGCUGAAAUGUCUUGAGUCAAUAAGUAUUCAACUCUUUUGUUAUGGCAAGUCUAAAUAAGCUCAGGAGCAAAAAUGUGCUUAACAAGUCACAUAACAUUUGCUCACUCUGUGUGCAAAUCCAACACAACACUGAGUACCACUCUUCAUAUUUUCAAGCAUGGUGGUGGCAGCAUCAUGUUAUGGGUAUGCUUGUCAUCUGCAAGGACUAGGGAGUUUUUAGGAUGAAAAGAAAUGGAACGGAACUAAGCACAGGCAAAAUCCUAGAGGAAAACUUAGUUCAGUCUGCUUUCCAACAGACACUAGGAGACAAAUUCACCUUUCAGCAGGACAAUAACCUAAAACUCAAGGCCAAAUAUACACUGGAGUUGCUUACCAAGACUACCUUGAAUGUUCCUGAGUGACCUAGUUACAGUUUUGCCUUAAAUGGGCUUGAAAAACUAUGGCAAGACUUGAAAAUGGCUGUCUAGCAAUGAUCAACAACCAACUUGACAGAACUUGAAUAAUUUUUGUAAAGAAUAUUCGGCAAAUAUUGUAAAAUCCAGGUGUGCAAAGCACUUAGAGAAUUACCAAGAAAGACUCUCAGCUGUAAACACUGCCCAACGUGAUUCGAACAUGUAUUGACUCGGGGUUGAAUACUUAUCUAAUCAAGAUAUAUUAGUGUUUUACUUUCCAUAAAUACAAUUUCAAAUUUUGUGUAGAUUGUUGACAAAAAAUGACAAUUAAAUACAUUUUAAUCCCACUUUGUAACACAACAAAAUGUGUAAAAAGUUAAGGGGUGUGAAUACUUUCUGAAGGCACUCUGUAUCAUUCCUGUAAGAUGGAAAAUGAAAGCAUGGCACGUUGCUGUGUGUGUGUGGGUAAUUUUGUUUUGUUUUGUUUGUUUAACCCCCCCCCCCCCCCCCCCCCACACACACACACAGCACUAAGCAUGUGUUUGUAGGUUGAUAGUUUUGAUACUGAAAUGUACUUUAUGAGGGUAGUAUACAAUAAUAUGCAUCGUUUAUAAUUGCCACCAGAGGGCGUCAGUUUAAGAGGUUAAUACAGCCCUCUGACCUCUCUUUCUCUCUCUCUGCUGUACCUCUUUCAGGUAGGAAACGGAAGUGGUUCAAGAUCGACGAGGCCAUCCGGGUGCUGCAAAGCCACAAGCCUGUCCACGCAGAGUACCUGCGCCGACUCACAGCCACCUGUAACCCCACUUGCAGCUCCACCUGUUGCGGCCCCACCAACGGCAACACCUGGGUGUUCCCCAUGACGGACGACAAUGCCCCUGAGUACGUCAACUCCACCACAGGGGACAGAUAG